UCCAAAAUGCGCUAGUUAGUGUUAGCUAGCCAUUAAUUACAUUCCCUCAUCAAAAUUCUUGUUAAACAUCUACUUAAUUGCAUGUACUAAUCAUGUCAAAGGCUAAGGUUCGUCCAGUAGUCUUGUUCAAUUGGUUUGAUCAUCCAAACAGUAAGAAGUAUGACAAUCUUAUGCAUCAUAGCGAGUCUUUGCAACUUACGGAUAGGUGGGAGGAUAAUUAUGGAAGUGGGAAUCGUCAAGAUCGUCAUUACUGGCAUGCUAGAAGAGAGUUUCUAAAGAGUUAUCAUCUUUCUUCUCAACAUAAAAACGAUUUAGAAUUUACGUUCAAGGAAAAACUUAGAAGAUCAGUAAAGGAGAUCAACGAAGUCGCUUUGGAAAUUGUAUCAAGUAUCCGAAAAGGAAUGUCAAAGAGAAGGAUUGGAUUAAGGGUCUAUAGGAUCAAAGUUGCUUUGCCAUCUUGGGAAAUCUUAAGCGUUGGAUGUUUCACUCCAUGGCUGUACAAAAUUGAGAGUAGCUUGGUUGAUUAAGUAAUUAGUUACAUAAUAAAUGUGAUGAUUUAAGGGAAUUAUAUGGAAUUAAUAAAUGUAAUUGCCAAACUGAUUAUUACGCUUGGCUUUUAUUUCUGAAUAAUUAAUUUGACUGAAUUUGGUUGAUAUUUAA